GACUGCAGAGGCCGCGCCGCCUCCCCCGCCCGAGGUGCGCGCGCCCCGCCGCAGGGCGCAGACCCCGCGCGCCCGCCUGGGUUUGGGGCGCAAGUGCAGAGGCGGAGCCGGGGCGGAGCCAGCGCACCCGUUCCCCACUUCGGAACCGAAAGCGAAACACCGGGCCCGGGCAGAAGGGCGGAGCCGGCCGCGAGACCCCGCCCCCUGCCCUGCGCGGCGGCCGGACCGACGGGCGCGCCCAGCGAGGAGGGCGGCUGAGCCACGCAGUGCGGACCCUCGCGGGGACCUGCGCGCCACCACCAUGUCUCAGGAAGGUGUGGAGUUGGAGAAGAGCGUCCGGCGCCUCCGGGAGAAGUUUCAUGGGAAGGUGUCGCCCAAGAAGGCCGGGGCUCUGAUGAGGAAAUUCGGCAGCGACCACACCGGCGUGGGUCGCUCCAUCGUGUACGGGGUAAAGCAGAAGGACGGACAGGAGCUCAGUAAUGACCUGGACGCGCAGGACCCCCCAGAGGACAUGAAGCAGGACCGAGACAUCCAGGCCGUGGCCACCUCCCUCCUGCCGCUGACGGAGGCCAACCUGCGCAUGUUCCAGCGGGCCCAGGAUGACCUAAUCCCUGCCGUGGACAGGCAGUUCGCCUGUUCCUCCUGCGACCACGUCUGGUGGCGCCGUGUGCCCCAGCGGAAGGAGGUGUCUCGGUGCCGGAAAUGCCGCAGGCGCUACGAUCCGGUGCCAGCCGACAAGAUGUGGGGCCAGGCUGAGUUCCACUGCCCCAAGUGCCGGCACAACUUCCGGGGCUGGGCACAGAUGGGGUCCCCGUCGCCCUGCUAUGGCUGCGGCUUUCCUGUGUACCCCACACGGAUCCUCCCUCCACGCUGGGACCGGGACAUGGGCCGACGGAGCACACACACCCACUCCUGCUCGGCCGCCGACUGCUACAACCGUCGAGAGCCGCACGUGCCCGAGACGUCCUGUGCCCACCCCAAGAGCCGGAAGCAGAACCACCUGCCCCAGGUGCUGCACCCCAGCAGCCUGCACAUCAGCAGUGGUUCCACGGUGGCCACGUGCCUGAGCCAGUGCGGCCUCCUAGAAGACCUGGACAACCUCAUCCUGGAGGACCUCAAGGAGGAGGAGGAAGAGGAGGAGG